UACGUUGCACAAUAGUCGGACCUACAAGGCUCCAAGAUCUCGUGGGUAACGAUGUAAUUUUUAAGUGGAACACGACAGACGGCAGGGAAGUUCUUUCAGCUGUGUGGGGGUUAGGCAAUAAACAAAUGCCUGAUCCCCAGUUUAUCAAUGUGAAUACGAAAAAUGGGAAAACAAUUUCUCCCUCAUUGCCUAAGACAUACACUGGUAGAGUAGAUUUCGUUGGUAACCUAAGCCAAGGCCAUGCUUGGUUUGUAAUCAAAAACCUGACCAGGAAUGAUACCGCUGAGUACAUUGCAAGGAUAAGUGAUGGUGAUGUCUCGGAACUACAGUCAUAUUCUGUUUUAUUGUCAGUGAAAGAUAGGCAAGACAAUUUCACAGCUUUCGUGUCAAAACCAACCUUGCCUGAAGAAAUCGUCACAGUUUCAAGCGACUAUACGAAUAACACAAAGAACGCAAGCUCGCAAACUCCUCGUCCACCUUCAUCGGAAGCAACAUCCAUAACGCCUCAUCUCUUGUUUACGAUGUUUUUAGUCCUAAUAGGACAAUUGAUAUGGUUAAAAGGGCACUUGGAUGAAAACGCCCCGAUUUUUGAAAGUCCGAAUAACUGAAGUAUUUGAAGAGAAUAUGCCUUAGUCAUAAUUAUGAAAUCAGAUUAGUGAAAAUAUUUGUCUGGGAGACACUUGCUAUUGAGAUAUUUUGAGUUAAAAAUGAAAAGAACAAUAUGGUUAAGUGAAUGACGUCAUUUAGGCCUAGGACAACGUCGUCGAACUUUCCAUGCACCGAACUCAUUCAAAACAAUGGAUAUCAGGUGAUAACGAGGCGGCAUUCUUUGAUGUAACUAAGUUCGGUGCUAGAAAGUUCGACGUUUGUCCUAGGCCUUACUCACAACUUAGAUGCUGAAUAAACUUGAUAAUUUUUUCCGCCAUUCUAUGAUUGUAAAGGAAACAUGUCGCUUGGCUACUAUCUUGACCAUGUUGAUAAGUUUGACCAAGUUCAAAGCCAUUUCUAAUUUUCAUUGAUUUUAAUACAAGUGCCCUUUAAAUAACAACUACAUUAUGACGUUGCUCGCACCAUCGUAAAUGUAUAUGUAAAGAGGUAAUAAGUACAAUGGUACUGUAAAUAGAAUGAGAGCUUUACAGGCCUGCAUGACAAUGCUCAACAUUUGUUAGAAUCGAACCUGUACAUUUAUGCCCAUUUAUACAAGUGCCCUUUAAAUAACAACUACAUUAUGACGUUGCUCGCACCAUCGUCAAUGUGUAUAUAAAGAAGUAGUAAGUACAAUGGUAUUGUAAAUAGAAUGAGAGCUUUACAGGUCUGCAUGACAAUGCUCAACAUUUGUUAGCAUCGAACCUGUGCAUUUAUGCAAUGCGCAAAAAUAUAAACAGACUGCAAGAAAGCCGCACAUUCUGCGAAAUGACUUAAAGAAUUAUGUAAAUUUCGCAAUUAAGCUAUUCACAACUGGAAAAUAAAGGGUGACAAUGUUACAUGCAAA